UUCCCUAACAACCAAACAUAAACGAGUCUAGUUUAGUUUGCUGUUUCGUAGUUUCGUUGUUUAUUUGAUAAAGUAAUGAAUUAAUUCCAGAUCAAGGACGGGUCAUAAGAAGUUUUAUUUUAUUAUUAUUUAUUUUUUGUUUGUUUGUUUUUAACAGUCUAAGUUAGCACGACAUUUUUCAACACAAAUGGACCUCGACAUUCGCGAAUGUCUAGCCCAGGCAACGGAAAACCAAGACUCUGGGGCUCUGCAGUCUGCCUACCGUUUAAUUGCGGAGUCGACCGUGGUGGUAGCUAGUCGACUAACCCCACGCAUUGCCUCCGAUUUGUACGUCAUUUGUGCGGAAGCAGCUUUACAGCUGGGGCAUGUGGAGAUAAGCACAGCAUGUCUAAAGAUAUACUUUCAGGGCAAUCCACCAGCUAAUCAAUUUUUGUGUCGAGCCUUACUCUGCAAGGGCCAGCUGAAGUCUCCGCCGGCCACUGGGAGUGUGGAAGACUUCGAAGAGGCUGUGAUGUACUUUCUAAAAGCAAUUGAAAUUUCAAAGGCUGAACCAAGAUACCACUUCCUUGUGUUCAACGCCUCAGUGCUGUACUUCCAGACAGUACGUCCUCUCCUGCUGCCAGGGCGGUGCCUCCAUUUGGUCCCCUCUUUUAAGCAGGUGGUGCAAAGUUUGGAGGAUGUGGCAGACCAAGACUAUGGCUGGAGGGCUGAACUCAGGAUACACUUGCUGAAAUGUCUUGUAGACUCUGGAGAAGUUGAGGACACUGCAGGCUUUGCCAAAGUUACAGAGGAGUUCAUUAACACACAUACGCCACAUCUUUAUCCGAGAUUCUAUACAGUUCUGGUGCAACACAAGCUGUUUAAUGAUGAGGUCCUGCUGGAAAUGAGCCAGCAGUGUUCCACUUUAGCAGUCAUUUACAAAAUGCAGAAAUUUAAAAGUUGGAUAGGAAUUAAUGGAAACAAGCUGACCAAAGAGGAUUUUUUGAGGCUUGAGGAAAUUUUCUGGCUCCUGGUGGAUUGCACCAAAACACCUGCUACGCCUGUGAACUCUCGCCCUCCGCAGAGCCCAACACCCAUCCAGUCGUCUGACAGAGUUGCCUUCCUCCUGGAGUUGGCUCUGCUGGCCUUGCAAGUGAAGCAUCAGAAAGUAGUCACCGACUGUUUGAAAGAGCUGAAGUCGGCAGGACAGGCUGAUAUUGGCCAACGUAUAAUAAUGGACUGUGUCAACUGUGAACUCAACCUCCUGAAGAAGGAAGCAAAGAUGAAUGACUACUCCAAAGCCAGUGUGGAGGCCCACCUGAAGGAGAUAGACAAGCUGGAUCAGUGGCUGAAGACUGCAGUGAGGGAGGGGGGCCCUCAAGCUGUGCAGGCAGUGUGUGUUACCCAGUGGAGUAUCUGCCUGCCCCUCCUGCAGCACAACCUCAGGAAACGCAUCAGGACACCUCUGCUCAAACUGGCUCAAGCUCUGGAGGACAUUCACAGUAUGUUGCUGGAGGUGCGCUGUCAAGUACACUCAGAGCUGGCAAUAAUUGAAGAAGAGGAGGGUUGUCUCGAGGCUUCUUUGACUCACCUUCAGAAAGCCAUGCUGCUGGAUAAUGGUACACAACGAGAACGCCUGUCAUCAGCUUUUAAUCUCCUGGAGCUCAGACGGAACCUCUACCACACACCUAACCGGGCUGAAGAUAAGGCCGCUAUGCUUAUGCACCAGACCAGGGACUUGCCACCUGGAGAUAAUACAGACACUCGUCCCAUAUUGGUCUCUGUGGGUCUCCUUUUGGCUCCUCUUGAUUUUCAGAUGGUGUUGGAUGCAGAUGACAUCUCUAAAAUUCCCUGGGGCAGUCCUGGAUCUGAACCAGCAGUUCGACUCGCUACUAAGGCUCAGCAUCACUCCACGUGUGUGCAGAGAGUGGGUGCACACCUGGCCAGACAAGAGAAAGACAAAGACAGUACAGAGAGGGCAAAGUUGUGGGCAAUGCUAGCAAAGAUAGCCAGGAAGAAGGAAGUCUGGGACGUGUGUCGAGCAGCGUGUCGAUUCUGUUUGCUGUACGAUGAUGGAAGGUGGAAGAUUUCCAAGACUGACAAAUGCAAAUGCACAAAGGAAGAAAGUGGUGCACCAUGUUGUUACUGUCGCACUGGAAACCAAACUUGUGUGCAUUUGCUUCGCUUGUUAGCUGAAAUUUGCUUUAUCAAUGCAGAGGCCACUAUCCACAAGCUGCUAACAGAGGGAGUGCAGCUGAACAGCCCGGCUGUCCCACCACAGGAGGGAUGGGUGGGUGUGCCUGAAGACAAUCCACAUUGGGCUGUUUACAGAGACUGGAUCCAAGCUUUGUCUGCCUACGCCACCUCCAACUUCUUGAGGGCAGGAGAGCUCGGAGCAGAGAUCGGGGAGCCGUGGGUGGUAGCAAAUGCAGCCAUUUACCUGUGGAACUAUAAUAGCCACUUGCUGGCAGCAGGGGAAUUCCAACUCCUGCUUCCUACCUUCCAGAGUCUUGUGGAAAAGCUUCGAAGGACUAAGGACAUUGGGAACCGAGCCUUGUGUGUGCUGCUGUGUAACGCUGUGGCUCAGGGAUUGAUGCAGCCUCUGUCUGAAAGAGAGAGUGCUGAGUCUGCUCCAGCAGGGGACAAAAUGAAAAAAGGAGCCGAGAUGGGAAUGGAUAAGGCUGCCAGCGCACAUGGGGUGCUUUUAGACCCUGCUGCCGUGCAGAAUGCCCACAUGGCAUUAGAGAUGUGCAACUAUGCCCUUCGCAUAUCCAGCUGCCAGAUCACUGGGGAGACUGUCCCAAUCGCAGUAAGGAAACAAGUGCUAACAACAUGGGUGCAGAUCAAGAGGCUUUUGAAACAACAGAUUGGCCCAAAGUUGGACGUAUUCAAAAAUGAGUGUGGGAAUGACGAAGUUUCUUCGAUGACUCGUGUGCUUGUCGGAGUGGAGAUGCUCCGGUGCAAUAGGAACCCCGGGCAUAUGGAGUCUUCCAUUCCAAGUCUCUCAGCACUGGUGAGCCUGGCGUCUGAAUGCAGCUGGUCCGACGCUGUGGUGGAGUUGCAGGUGUGGUGCCAGCUGGCUGCCUUCUGUCACCAUGUCAAGGACCACAGCUUGGUGUUACGCUGCACCCGGAGCGCUUUGCAGCUGGGAGAAGCAGCGACAAAGAGUCUUAACACCACGCCCUAUGUUUUGUACGGCCCAACUGCAGUGAAAGAGAUGCUGAGCAGGGCUGCCUGUUUGAGAGGUUUGAGCUUAGUCCAUGAGUCCAGUGGAGAUCUAGACACUUACAAAGAGGCUUUGAACAUGCUUCUGUCCAGUGUCAGCUUUGCAGAGAAAGCUGACAAUCAAACACUAUGUGUCAGGGCUGCUGUGCAUUACUGGAAUACUUGUCUGCCUCUGACACAGAUCCCAGAGGAAAGAUCGCAGCUCAAGGAUCACCUGGAGAAGAUCCUUAAUGCUCUCAUUCACACCACCAAACAUGAUAUUAAACAGAGCAAAGUGAAAGGAUUAUUGCCAUUAAUAGCAUUGCCUCGAGAGAGUUCUUCACAUGGAGCAACAAUAGAUGAAGAGGAUCUAGCCUUGAGAGCAGCCAUUUACAAUUUGUUGCUCCACAUCCACACUGACAAAGCAGACUUUGAAAGUGCCCUGCAGUUGCUGGACAAAGCUGUUAAAGAAAUGCCUCGUACCCGGCAUCGACUAUCCCUGCUCAAAUGUUGCAUACUGGUUAAAGCACGCCUGGGAAAAAACAUACUGCUGGACAUGCAGAAUUUACGAGAUGAAGAAGGUCAGAGCUGCUCAUUGAUGUGGCAUCAGGCGGCAAUGUACGCUGACACCAUCAACCAACAGCUGACCUACUACCAGAAAUCCAUCACCUCUCUUAUGAGUACAGAAUCUCAGUGGCAGAAGGUCAGCAUUCUGCUCGAAUUUGCAGAGUGGCUGUUCUGUCACGACCUACCCAAAGUCGAUGCCCGGCUCCAUGUUCAGUGGGCAAUAGACAUCCUUCUACAACUGCAACCUAAACAAGUAGGAAAACCUGAGGAUGAGUCUGAAAAAAAUGCAAGUUCAGUGGAUUGUGAGUCCUUGGCCCAUGGCUCAUUCAUACAAAAUUUCUCCAAUCUAAAAGAGGUGUGUUGCCUUGACCAGUUGGUACAAGCAUACACUCUGCUUGCUGUCAUAUCAGAGAAGACCUCAUCUGACUAUCAGCUCAACUUGCUUAGAGCCUACAAUGCUGUACUCCGGAUAUGGCAGGUUUCUGAAGCUGUGGCUUGUGAGAUAUCAAGUGAGAUGGCAAAAAGUCAGUCACUCCAGCCUCCUGUGUCUGCUGGAUCCAAAAAAGGCAAAGACAAGGGAAAAGGCAAGAAGCCUACUCCCACAGAAGAAAGACACAGACCAGUUGUGUUGGAUCAGACACUUCCACCCAUCGCAAAGGACUGGGCUUGUUACGUCUGUCCGGAUCAGGCCAGGCAGAUAUUCAGAACCAACACCAGCCCCCACUGCAUCAAUACACACAGCAUUACAAAGCAGACUCAAAGCCUGUUUUAUCUAACCCUCCUGGAAACAGAACUGCACUCGAUCUCUCUGGAUCACCUGACGCUGCCCAUCCUGCACCUAGCUGAAACCAUUGCUCAUGACCUCUUAGACAGGAGGAGCCUAUCCAACCUCUACAGGCUCAGAAUUGUGAGGACGUGUGUUCAGCUGGGCUUGGAGUCCCAUUCACUAUAUCAGGAGAAAGUUCAGUCUCUGAGUGAAAUCGAAGAACAAGAACAAAUAGGGUGCCACAAAGCCAUAGCUCUUUCUCAAGAGAGGAGAACCCUUCACAAAGCUUAUAAUCAGAAGGCUGGGGUGGGUGCACAGGCUUCGUAUUGGCGGCAGACUAAGGAUGUGAGUGCUCUGGAUAUCUGGCUGGACAAAGCUGAGGUUUGCAUCAGCAUGGGGCUCUAUCAGUCUGCCAGACAGCUUCUAGCAGAGGCCCACAUGGUGGCCAGGGAGCUUGGAGAUGAGAAAGCUAUAUCAAGAAGUUUACUCAGUCUGGCAUCUCUGGCUUGUGAGGAGCAGAACUACGCUCAGGCUCUGAUCCUGUUGGACGAAGCCCAAACUCUGGGUGGGGACCAUGGCUUCUGGUAUCAGCUCACCCUUACCAAGGUCAAAGCUGUCACGGGACAGCGAGACCAAAAUUCACAGAUAAAGACUGAUCAGAUUAUAAAACAAGGCUGUGAAGCUCUGCAGCUGGCUCUGGGGCAACGAGCAAACAGACGCCCAGAGCUCACGUUUAUGAUCGCCUCGUUAGAGAGGAGAGGUGCAGUGGAAUACAUCCAUGCCAUUAGUGGUGGUGAACCAGGAGAGACGCUCACCACAGAGGCUCUCCAGAGACUAAUAGCAGCCUGUGAUACACUCAGAGAGUGUACAGGUGUAUUCAGCAAACUGAGCUGUAAAGAGCAAGCAGCAGAGACACAUGGAGAGUAUGCACACAGUCUGAGGCUUCUCGCUGCUCACGUUACAGAUAGAGAGAAGAAGCAGCGCUUCCUACUCGAUAGCCUCGCCCAAAUGCAGCUAGCUGUCACUCUGCAGCAACAUGUGGUGCUAAAUGCUCAGAGCCUGUUCAGGCCCCAGGAGAGUCACGACCUGUCACUGGCAGCCAUGAGAAGACUACUGUCCCUGCGGCUGACUCUGGCUGAAUUUUGUCUGGAUAUUUUGGAGGAACACUGUGCUGAGGAGACAUGCCAAGCCUUGGCCCGUACAAAGAAGACCUCUGCUGAAAUAGUGCUGGAGGAAUAUACACGCAGCCCACCUGAGCCCAACACCACAGAAGAGGAAUGGGUGAAUGUGGGGAGAACCUUGGGUCAGAUGGUACAGGGCCAGCUGGCUGCAGUCGGCUCUCACACCUCAGACAACAUGAAUAUCAGAGCUCGAUGCCUCAGCCUAAUGGGAAAGUACCUGAGACUCCUGGCUGUGCAGGAGGAGCCUGUGUAUCUGAGUGGUCUCUGGUUCAGACACAAUCAGAAGGAAGCCUGGUCAGAUCCUAACAGGGUUCCCACAGAGGAUGAGUGCUCUGAAAAAGACAGUGAUUCAAGCAGAAAAGAACUGGAUCUGACCUCUGCCAGAAGUGCUGAGCCGCAGAGAAAGUGUGAGGUCCAGCAGCUGUUGGCUGAGGCCAGUAUAGCACUGUCUGAGGCCAUCAGUCUGUGUCUCCAACACAACCUGUCCUCAUCCAUCCUGGCUGAUGCUUCUCUAAAUAUGUUGGAGUGUCAUGGGCAGUCUGACCCUGCAGUGGCAGGGCAAUGUCUCGCCCUGUUUCAGAGCUGCUGCACCGUUUCCAUGGCGGCUGAGGUCCUAAGUUCUGCCUGCCAUGACACAAGUGUGUCCAAGCUCUCAGCUCUGCUCUGCAUCCGCAGGAAUCUGCUCCUCUCUCAGGAGGGAAGACCCAGCAGCAUGCUUAAGGGAGUGGAGGACUCCCUCAGCAGCCUCUCUAAGGUCUUUAGCCACCUGACAAUAAGUUCCAACCACCUGAGCCUCCUUUCAGAGCUCCCACCCAAUCUGAAGAUAUUGCUGCUUCAGCACUCUGAAGAUGGGUCAUACCUCUAUGGGGGCUUCUAUGAGACAAACAAAGCUCCAGAAGAUCAGAAAGGAAAGACUAUGCAAGGUACCCUGACAUGCUCAAGGGUGGCCAAGGUUUCAGUCUGCCCACAGGCGCUGCUGGCACUCAGGGAGCAGGCUCUGGCCUUUAGCCAGGAUAGUAGACAUUCCCUCCUCCAGGAAGACUCUCAGCACAGCGUAAAGGGCUGGCUGGAGACCUCUGAGGAGCAUCAGAACACUGCAAGAGAUGCAAAGUUAGCACUUUGCUUCAGAGAAAUUGUUCAAGAUAUGGAAGACUAUUUGAAUCCACUUCUCACACAGUUCGACUUCUCCUGCAUAAGGCCACAGGCUGCAUCUUUGCCGAUCUCUGAAGUGACCAAAACUAAAGAUAAAGAAGAAAAAGGCAUCUCAGUUGAACCAGCAGGGGAACAUUUGGUGAUCCUGGCAGACAGGAAGCUGCUGGAGUUACCGCUGGAAUCCUUGUCAGUCCUGCAAAAGGAAGGCGUGAGCUCUGUGUCACGGGAUUUUUCCCUGCAGCUUUUCCACAGUCGCCUGAUUAGAGAAGAACCACAAAAAGUUGAAAGUGACAACAAAAAGGAGACCAAAGGUGGCAGAGGAACUAAGGGGAAGGGAGAUCAAAGCCAAACCAUCAAAGCCGUACCUGCCAGUCAUGCAAGCGCUUCUUACACCUUCCCCGUGGACACAUAUCAAUUUAAAUAUAUUGUCGAUGAGGAGAGUUGUGGAGGGACCAGUCUAUGUAAGACAUUGAAAGAAGUUUUGGAAACCCACAGCCAUCUGUCAGAGGGCUUCAUGGGCAGCAGUCUUGCUGAGAUAGAGCAGGUGCUGUGCAGAUCCAGUGCCUUUAUUUACCUGGGGAAGGACCACUUCAUGGCAAACAUUCCACCUGCCAAACUAGCAGCCCUCAAUCUCUCUGAGUGUCGCAUGGCUUUGCUCUUUGACCGAGUUUGGAGAAAAGCAAGAGUUCAUCAUCCGUCAAACCUCAGUUACCAAAAGAGUGACCUCACAACUUCUGACCUCUCUAGUGUCGGUCGCUUCUCCCUGGAGAAACCAUUGGAGACUGCUCUGCUGUUGAGUUGGGCUGGCGUCGGCUGUAUUGUGCUCAACCAGUGGCACAGCAGCCUUCAACAGAACUCACAUAAUGCUGCCAAUGUGCUAGACAAUUUACUAAGGGUCAGACGGACCUCUGGCCAGACUGUCCAUGCCCUGAGGAGAGGCACAAGCUCAGAGAUGCCACAUCACAAGGUCACAGUAUCACACGAUGAAGUCCUUCUCACUGACUCAAAGGAAGAUGAGCUUCAGUACAAGUCAGCUCUCCAACCAUCGGCCUUCAACUGUGUUCUCUAUGGACUUCCUAACCUAAUCGUACCUUAAUAUACUUUAAACCCUCUGUUUUUCUCUUUCAUUUUCCAAGUCAAAAAAAGUACAGGCAUACAUAACACAGAGCUUUACUUUUUUGCUGCAUGUAAAAAAACUAAAGCUUCUGUCAUAUGAAGGGUUGUAAAUAUUUCAUUAAAGAAGCAUCCAUGAAUCCCUACCUUACAUUCUCCAUUUGGUAUUUUGAUGAAAAUCCAGAUCUGUACACAGAUAAAUCUAGACUUCUAUUUUACAAAUACUCACAUGAACAUUGCAAUUACAAUGUCACUAAGAAGCAUGCCACUGGUGUAAUCAAUCUAUAAAAACAGAGGCAGAAAACAAC